AUUGGAAUCUCUUUGAAGUUUGAAGUUCCACCAUGUUCCAUGAGAGCCCUAGGCGAGGGUGAGCCCUGAAUCCGCCGCUCCGCUCUCAGCUCUCCAACUUUCAGUCUCAGCUGAAUCCAUUAAUUUGCAUUUGCAGAGACAGAAAUGUCGCACUUCGGGAGAUCGGGUCCUCCCGAUAUCAGAGAUACCUACUCCCUCCUCGUCCUCAACAUCACUUUCCGAACCACCGCCGAUGAUCUUUACCCCCUUUUCGACAAGUAUGGAAAGGUCGUUGACGUCUUCAUCCCCAGAGACCGAAGGACUGGGGAUUCCCGAGGAUUUGCGUUUGUUCGGUACAAGUAUGCGGAUGAAGCACAGAAGGCGAUUGACAAGCUUGACGGGCGAAUGUUGGAUGGCAGAGAAAUUAUGGUUCAGUUCGCCAAGUAUGGACCCAAUGCAGAGAAAAUUCGCAAGGGGAGGGUGAUGGAAUCAUCGUCAAAGCCAAGGGGCAGGUCAAGGAGCCGCAGUCCACGUUCAAGGCACCGUGAUGACUAUAGGGAUAGAGAUCAUAGGAGGAGAAGUCGCAGUAGAAGCAGGGACAGAUAUGAUCGCGAUAGACCCCACAGAGAGAGAGAACGCCAUCGAAGUAGGAGUCGCAGUGCUAGUCCUGAUCGCAACAAAGAUCGCAGGAGGGGAAGAGAUGAUGAUGAACGACGUAGUAUAAGCAACUCUGAUAGAAGCAUGUCACCCACCCGGCGUUCCCCCAAUACACGGAGAAGCAUAUCUCCGCGUAGGUCUCCAUCUAGGAGUAGAAGCGAUGAUGGACUUUCACCAAAGCGAGAGAAUGGCUCACCACUUUCACCGAAACUGGUUGAUUCUCGAAGUCCUUCUCCUGCUAAAUCUGAUGCUGAUGAAUGAUCCAUAUGAUGUGCCAUAGAGAUAAUUUAUGAGAGCAAAGGGCAAGGCAUUGGAUUUUAGAAAUUAUCUAUGCAUUUAAUGAUGGAACAAGUAUUGCAUCCAAUGGCUUGGAUGCCAAGAUAUUUUGCACCAUUGUAGUAUCUGCUUUUAUACUCCCAGGACUGGUUGGAUGUCAAGAUGAUUCACAUGUAGGAUCCUAUUCCUAAUUAGUUCAUGAGUUAUUUCCCCCYUUUUUUUUUUUGAGAUUUAAUUGUAGCACCUGUACUAUUUACUUGCAAAAUAUGAGUCUUCCCAGUGUUUGGUUUUUAGCUCCUUAGAUGUAUAAUGAAUUUGAUUGUUCUGCUUUGAGUUUGUAUCUUGUCUUAUUGGAUUCCCCUAUUCAUCACA